CUAUCCCUCAAACCUAGCAACUUUCUUAGUAAAUCUAUAUUAGCCGGGGAAAAUGAAAAAAAAUCUUCUUGCAUGGCUAUUUAUCAUCCUAAGUGUACAAGUCCUAUCAAGCUUGGCUUUUGAGGAUCCUGUUAUGUUCAGACGAGACCUUCAUGCAUGUGCAGGGGUAAACAGCACAAUGAUCAGUUCUCAAGGAGAUGGUAAUGACAGAGAGAAUAUGGUAACGCAUGAAAUUGUCUAUUCAAUAAAGGGAGUGAGAGGGAGGGGAUCUAAUGGUGGUGGCGGUGGAAAUGUAAUUCAUCAUCCACGUCCCAGUGAAAGAAGUGCGGUGUUUGUUCUAAACAAACCCUCUAUAUUCAUCACAACAAGUACUGUUUGUGCAAGCUUUGGUUUGCUUCUUUCUAUUCCCUUCUGAUUCCUCGAGGUGAAGCUGAGAUAUAAAAAAUUUAGAAGCUUAAAUAGGAUAGAUGGGUUUUUGUCUCUGUAUGUGCCAAUUAUCUUCCUUGUGCUUGUGGGAAUUGUGAG